CCAAAGUAGAAGUGAUCUUUGCCAAAGAGGCAUGGCUUUGCUGACACCCAAGCGUGCAUGGAAUUCUCCACUCCAGCCUGCCUGAGCCCCAGGGCAUUCCAACUGCCUUAAAUGCAUGGCAUACCAUUGAGAGCCGCAUCCUUAGGCCCCAGGACAAAGCUGCCUGCUUCUUUGACCAGCAGGAGGUGCACAUCGCAACGGUUCAUCUUGCACUUUGGAGGGGCGGGGUCAGCAGGCUUUCCCUCCUGGUCCUCAUCAGAAGGACCCUGCCUCGCCUUCCAGUCCUCCACUCAGGAGAGGCACAUACAGGGCUGGGGAUGGGUCGGUGAGUAUAGGUCAGAGGUCAGAGGUCCAGAGAAAGCCCAAGUCCCAGGCUCCUCCCUACCUACUCUGCCCAGAGCUGGCCCCUGUGUCUCUCAGACAGAGCUGAGUGAGGAGGCUGCUCCCCACCGGCUCAGAGGCUUGGGGACCGUGAGGUCCCUCUGCAGUGAGAUCACACUCUGAGGUGGAAAUCACACCAGUGGCAGCUCCUCCCGGUGUGGGGGUGACGCCUGCCCAGGAAGCUGCUCUCCCCAGGAAGCUGCUCACCUCAGAGCAGAGGGCUCCUGGGUCCCCGGCUGAGGCUGAGGAACAAAGUCUGGAGGAACAGGAGCUCAGCACUGAGGGCAAGGGGCUGGGAGCCAGUGGAGAGGCUGAGACACAGACUGAGACAGAGGACAGACGCCAGGAUUGAGUCACAGAGACAGAGCAGGAGGAAGGAAAGUUCUAGAAAGAAAAAGGCUCCAACUGUCAGGCCGAGGAAGGGGCAGAGAGAGGCCACCCACACUGUGGCCUGAGAACAGAGCCCAGGACAGAGCCCAGCCAGCUGGGAUCAGGGAUGGCGGGCCGUGGUGAGCGUCCCCACCGGCGGCUGCAGGAGGCCCAGCAUGGCUGCAAGAAGCACCUGGGCGACAUCAUCAGCUUCUUCUUCCGCUUUAUCUCUGGGAACCUGGCUCGAGACAGCAGUGACAGUGAGCUGGAACUGUCCACGGUGCGCCACCAGCCGGAGGGGCUGGACCAGCUGCAAACACAGACCAAGUUCACCAAGAAGGAGCUGCAGUCCCUCUACCGGGGCUUCAAAAACGAGUGUCCUACAGGCCUGGUGGAUGAAGACACCUUCAAGCUCAUCUACUCGCAGUUCUUCCCUCAGGGAGAUGCCACCACCUACGCACACUUCCUCUUCAACGCCUUCGACGCCGACGGGAAUGGGGCCAUCCACUUUGAGGACUUCGUGGUCGGGCUCUCCAUCCUGCUGCGAGGAACAGUCCAUGAGAAGCUCAAGUGGGCUUUCAAUCUCUACGACAUUAACAAGGAUGGCUACAUCACCAAAGAGGAGAUGCUGGCCAUUAUGAAAUCCAUCUACGAUAUGAUGGGCCACCACACCUACCCCGUCUUGCGGGAGGAUGCACCCCUGCAGCACGUGGAGAAGUUCUUCCAGAAAAUGGACCGGAACCAGGACGGGGUGGUGACCAUUGAGGAGUUCCUGGAGACCUGUCAGAAGGAUGAGAACAUCAUGAACUCCAUGCAGCUGUUCGAGAACGUCAUCUAGGACGCACCUCGGGCCUGGGUGGCCACUGCUGCUCCAUCUUUGAGAAACCAAAACUUUUCCAAUACAUUUGGGAUAAGUGAGCUGUUUGCUACACACACACACACACACACACACACACACACACACACACACACACAGAUUUUCUCUAGGCUGGCAGAAGGUGGCAGUCAGGAGGGAUGCAGCCCCCAACAACUGUCCCCAAAACCAGUGGGACAAGGAAGCUGCCUCCCGGAUGGGCAGCCCAUGUGCCAGUCGCUAGAUGUCACCAGGAAGGGGUCAAGCACCUGAAAGGAUGCCUCCAAAGCAUAGAACCCUGCCACUCCUUUCCCACCAAAUGGGGACCCCAGGGUUCCUGUGGCCUCUUCCUGUGGCCACUCCCUACCCAAGGAACUGUGUCCCAGAGACCCUCACUGCAGGGCUCUGGGACAGCCAGAGAUGGAGGGAUUCAGACUAGGACAGAGGUGGUCACAGGCCCAAGCCUGCUUCUUCCUGGGACUCCCGUCCCAAAGACUGGGGUUCUGACCCAGGAGAGCUCCACCAGUGCCAGGCCACCCACUCUGAGCCAGUUUGGGUGGUAAGGGUCGCUGGGCACCAUCUUCCCUCUAUCCAGGAGGGGAGGGGCUCCCAAGGCGGGGCUAGGGUUUCUAGAAGAAUCUGAGGAGACUGUGCCAUUUCCCCUUGGGGAGAAGCUUUUGCUCACCCCAAAUUCAGCUGGUUGGGAAUGGAAGAAGGGUGUUGCAGCCCCCCGUACUAGGCUGUUCUCCCCAAGGCUGCUCAGUCCUAGGAGGAAGAGCCAUGGCUCAGGGACCAGCAGCCAUGGAAUCUGGGAGGGCUGGGCAGGGCCUCUGGACUGGAGCUCUGUAGGGCCCUCCCACAGGAUCAUCCCAGCCUCUACAAAAGCACAAGUGUUCUGCUCUGGAGGGGGAGCCAGGGUCUCUCAAGGCCUUCCUGGGGGCCAAAGGAAGCCUGGGUCCCAGGAGCCCCAACCUGAGUGGGCCGAAGGAAGGAGUUCGGGGGUCUGUUUAAUGCCCCCAAACUAUGGAAUUGGGAAGGCCACUCUCAGCCCCCCCAUUCACCAACAUUCAGAAGCACAAACCUGGGGGCCCUGUUUGGUGGCCCUGCCUGGGGUGUGGAGGCCCAUGGAGGGUAGCAGUGAGGAACAUUCCCAUGUGACACAUUCCAUCAGGCCACCCACAUCUGCUCAGGCGGGUCCUGGUGUCCUUGGGCAUCCCCAGGACACCAUCCCCAGCUGAGCGGGGCCCUCAGAGGAAAGGCAGAUGGCCAAGGACAUGGGAGCCCUUGGUCCCCAACACAGGUGUACCUCUCCGAGGAGCUGCACUGACGCCCACUUCCAGUCGACUGGGGCCCCUCCCCUCCUCCAGCGGAGGAGAGCAACUUCCCCUGGCUCAGGGAUCUCCCACCUGGCAUCCUGUGCUUGUCAGGGGCCAAGGCCGCAGGAGACAGUCGCCACCGUGCCCCCAUCCCUCAUUGUCUCCCACGCUGGGCCAAGACAGGCUGCAUGUCUGCAUGGCGGAGCGUCUUGCUCGGGCGCGGCCUGGGAAGGUGGUUCCUGUCCUCAGCGCCCACCAAUAUUCAAUCCUAUAUAUUUUAAUAAAAUAAACUUGAGAAAAGAAGGGA